GUACUGAGGAGCAGAGUCCAUCUCAGUUGGGUUGGUGAGAGUUGUAUAUAGAUGAAUUAAACAUCUACAAGUUUAUUUUCUAAAAUCUAGAUGUCUCUGCCCUAGAUAAGGGACCAGUGAUAUUUAGUUUGGGUUCUUUUCUACCCUAUGGGGAACACAGAAAGUUUAGUUAAAGGGAGGAUUUCCUUGAAAUAAGGUCCUAUGUGUCCUGUCCUAUUUCUGAAACCUAGGGAAUGGAAGGGAGAAGAUCCUGCCCAUGAACACCUCUGAAAUCCAUUGCUAAUAUAUAUUCACUUGCUGAAAACAAAUGCCUGUAGCCUAUGUGAAGCAAUAUUACUUUGGGUUUCUGUUCAAAUUUUUCAUGAAUGUAGGAUACAUGGGCGGCCAGUGAUAAAGAAUCCUCAGGGGGAUCCAUACUUAACAAUAUGAACUCCAGGUUCAGUAUUGGAGAGAGAGGUGCUGUAGCCUAUCAUGAGAACUUUACCCUAGGUACACAUACCAUAAGACAAGCUCUCCUGCAUAGACCUGUUUUUCCAUGGUAGGAAGCCAUCUUGAUUGGUAUCUGUCACUGCAGGAGAUGGUGGCUUGAAAAUGGACAUGCUAGAGAACCUUGAAUCCCUACAGUUUGAUAGUGAGAUUCCAGAGGAAGAUCGUUUCUGGCUGUAUUUGCAGGGUCGUUCUCGGGGACUGAUGAUUGAGGCCUGUGCCCAUGCAACUUUCUUCUGCAAAGUAUUCUAUAAUUUGAGAGAAUUAUUACAAAAGAAUCAAAAUUCCAGCUCUCUCUCAACUAAAUCAGGUGACGUGGACAUAGAUGACAACAGGAACCUAAAGGUUGGCAUCAUUGGAGGUGGCCGUCUCGGGAAGCAACUGGCUCGUACACUGCUACAACUUGUCCCCAUCCCUGCUGCAAGUCUGCGGAUCUCCACUCGGAGGCCAGAGGUCCUGGCUGAGUUCCAGAAGCUGGGGGUCCAGUGCUUUUACCAUAAUUCUGGUCUGGUGGGUUGGGCCAACGUGAUAUUCCUCUGCUGCUUGCCAUCUCAGCUGCCUCAUAUCUGCAUACAAAUUCAAACCAGUCUUGAAAAGGCCUGCAUUGUGUUCAGCUUUGUAGCAGCCAUCCCAAUACCCAGGUUGAAACUAUUAUUGAACCACACCAACAUCUUGCGACCUCAGUAUCAUUGUGUUGAGGAUUUUGAGAAGAUCUGGGGAGCCAAUAAGGAAAUCACAGCUGCUCUCCAAGAUCCUGUGAUUCUUCGGGCUACCUGCCCCUACAGUCCUGAUGGGGGAAUAAUCCUCAAUAUCAAAUGGCUGGAGGGAUUAAUCUAUGCAGCCCUAAACAUGUGCACAGAAAGCAAUGUGGAUUGCCGACAAGCACUGCAGCUUUUGAAUCAACUAUUUCUUUCUGUUCACUUCAAAGACUGUAUGAAACAUGAAGAAUCCUGCCCAGAAUUUCAGCUACCACAUGUCAUCAGCAAAUCCUAUGUCAAGAACUUGCUUCAUAGAAGGCCUUUUCCUUGGUUUGAUCUGACUGCUGUGCAACUCAGGGAAACUCCCUUUAGCCAGUAUCACUCCACCAAUACUGUUCUUCAAGACCACCUGACCUACCUGUACUAUGAUUCAUUUGGCAUUGCUCCAAAGAAAGAAGAAGAGCCUGUGGAUCUCUUGGACUCUCCAUCCCAAUAAGUGACCUCAGGAAUCAGGAUUUUUUUUUUUCCUUCACAGAUUCCUCUACAAUGUUUAGGCCCUAAUUAUCACAAUUGCUAGGGAAGUUAUGUGACUGCAAUCCCUGUUUGAAAAUUGUACUAGUGGCUCUUUCAAAUGUAAAAUAAAACAAGAGAUCCUAUAUAUCAA